UGCGACGAUAUGUCGGCGACGGCACAAAACCAAAGAAGCAGCUCCUGCGAAAUUGACAUUGAGAAUGAAUCCUUGGCUCGGUGCUACUUUUUUCUUCUUCUGGGCCUGAUCCUAAUUCUUAGAGAGAGAAACCGAAACCGAGAGCUGAGAGCUUUGUGAGGGUUUUAAUUCUUUGCCUGUUUCUCCCCUUUUCCCGGCGAAGAUUUUUCUCAGUGCAGAACGAAGUUCGGAUGAGCAAAACCUCUACAGGAGAGGUGGGUAUCAAUCAGAUCGAGCCCGUUUCGUCAAUUUCUCGGGGUUUUUCUAUCUCGCGAUACCCCAUUCUCCGAUCCAGUCACAAUUUUUUCUACUGGUUUCCAACAUCCGGAUCGUCUCAAGCAUGACUGGUAACGAUCCUGAUGAUAUAUUCGUCUGAUUCGUCGUUGUGGGCUUCCGAGGAUUCAAAUUUCUCCGAAUUCGUUAACUAUGGGCGAUCUUCAGCUUUGGCCGCAGCAGCUUGACGGCGUCGGGGCUGUGGAGGCCGAUCAUAACCCGCAUCCGCCUCCGUCUCCAUCUCCGGGGUCUCCUACCUCGACGCCGCAUUCCCCCAACCCCCAUCAUUUGGCAAUCGGCGUCGAUGCAUGGCUGCAGGCCGAACAAGCUACCCAGGAGGUUAUACGCCAUAUUUUGCCCACGGCAGUUUCUGAACAUAGAAGAAAGACUGUUGUGGAUUACGUCCAAAAGUUGAUUAGAGGGUUUCUUGGUUGCGAGGUAUUUCCAUUCGGAUCAGUUCCCUUAAAGACAUAUCUUCCUGAUGGAGACAUCGAUCUGACUACAGUUGGCUUUCCAAAUGUUGAUGAUGCUUUAGCUGCUGACGUGCGUUCGGUCCUUGAACAUGAAGAGCGUAAUAAGGAUGCUGAGUUUGAAGUAAAGGAUGUACAGUUUAUUCAUGCUGAGGUUAAACUUGUCAAGUGUUUGGUUCAGAAUAUUGUGGUAGAUAUAUCUUUCAAUCAGAUUGGUGGAUUGUGUACUCUUUGUUUUCUUGAGCAGGUUGACCGUCUUAUUGGAAAGGAUCAUCUUUUUAAGCGCAGCAUCAUAUUGAUCAAAGCUUGGUGCUAUUAUGAAAGCCGCAUUCUCGGUGCUCACCAUGGUUUAAUUUCUACAUAUGCACUGGAAACGUUGGUCCUGUACAUUUUUCAUCUCUUCCAUUCUUCUUUGCAUGGUCCUCUGGCAGUUUUGUAUAAGUUUCUGGACUAUUACAGUAAAUUUGACUGGGACAAUUUUUUCGUCAGCCUAAAUGGUCCUGUUUCUAUAUCCUCUCUGCCGGAACUACCUGCUGAGACACUAGAGACCGAUGGUGGCAACCUGUUGCUAACUAAGGAGUUUUUCAGAAGCUGUGUUGAUAACUUUUCUGUUGCACCGAAGGGAUCAGAUUCUCGAAUAUUUAUAAAGAAGCAUCUAAACAUUGUUGAUCCUUUGAGAGAAAGCAAUAAUCUGGGUAGAAGUGUUAGCAAAGGUAAUUUUUACAGAAUACGUAGUGCCUUUACAUAUGGUGCUUCAAAGCUUGGGCAGCUUCUUGUACUUCCUGCUGAAAGUAUUGCUGAUGAAGUGGUUAUGUUCUUCCAGAACACUAUUGAUAGGCAUGGAAGCGGAGAAAGGCCAGAUGUGCAGGAUUUGAUUCCCAGAUGUCUGGAUAGUGCUUCAGAUCUAGUAAAUGGGGGUUUGUCUCCUUCAACAGAAAAGCUAGAAAAACAGUAUGCAGAGAAGCUAAGUUCUGAAUCUCUUACGACUGAAACUCUUCUUGAUUUAAGUAAGGGAAUUAAAAACAUUAGGGUUUCUGGUUUAGAUAGUAAUGAUGACAGAAUGCCUUUGCAAAAUCAAUCCUCGUAUAAACAGAAAAAUGGCACAAAUUUGGAGUCAGGAGAUGUUGAUUUGAAUGAUGCUUCCUUUGUCCGUCUAAGUGAUGAUGCCAAAGAUCAUGAUUCUGCAACAGCCUCUGAUUUAAGAAACACUACCGAAAACUGCUCUACUUCAGUAUCAACAAGUGAAGCUGAAUUUUCAUCAUUUGGUAAAGCUCAUCGUCAUGUUCCCCACUCUUUUUAUGUUCCAGAAAAUGGAAACGGAAAGGAUUUAAACAGUGAGACAAUCAAUUCAGUUAAUUUAGGUUCAUUACACGCUAUUUCUUUUAAUGGGGCUAUGGUUUCCCCUGAGGAAACUAGCAGUUCUGUGCAGCUCGAUUCAUUUGAGACUGAUUCGCCAUCGAGUUGCACGUCCUCGUUUAGCAAUCAUGGUAGUGGGUGCCCAUCAGAGAGUUCGCAGUUUGCGGAUCACAUGCCUUCAGGAAACGAAUGGAAUGAUACUAAUGGAAGCUACAAUGUGCCAAAUAAAGUUACGGAUCUCACCGGUGAUUAUGAUAUCCACUUUAGAAGUCUUUCUUAUGCCCGUUGGUGCCAAGAACAGAUAACUGGGACUUCCUUUCUUCCUCCUAUGCAUCUGUCAACCACGUACACUUAUCACCAAUGCAGAGAUUCAUGGAGUCAUGGUGGUAUGUACACGUCUAUGAAUGCAAAUGGAGUGACACCCAGGCCACCUUUUUCUCCUACUGCUUACUAUCCAAGAAAUUUACCCUUUUUUCUCGGCACUUAUGGCACCGAGGAUGUGCCAAAACCAAGGGGGACUGGAACAUAUUUUCCUAACAUGAACCACCGUGUCUAUAAAGAGCGGCAUUAUCCUGGAAGAGGGAAGAAUCCAAUGGCUUCAAAUCAGUUCCCAAGGUCCCGGAUCAAUGGCCGCACGGAUAUAUCCCAUCAUAAGGAGAAAGGACCUCAUGAGCCAGCCACACAGGCUCUACCUAUGUUUGGUGGAAGCGGACGUGGGAGACCUCCGGUUUUAGAUAUGCCACACUCGGCAUUUCGACCUGCCAUGAAGGGUUCACCUCGUGCUAAUAGGAUCAAUCUGCAAGCUGAUUAUGGCAGGCUUGAGUUUGGUUCGCUUGGCCCUGUUUCUUUAGAAACUCCUCCAUUAGAGAAUGGCAAUUCUCUGAGUCAGGGCUCUGGAUUUUCCAACACAGCAUCAAUUGACCAGAGAUCAACCAUCUAUUCUAAUAAUAGAGAAAGGUCCUUGACGCCGUAUCAGCUAAAAGACGAGGCUGAUUUCCCACCUCUAUCUCGCUGAUUUGCGUGAGGGAAGCUUAUACUUCGGAGUUGACUGAUUUACCAUGCAAUGAAUAAGAGGAAUGCCAACCUAUGGGUCCUAUUUCUCGGAGUGGGUCCUAUUUCUCGGAGCAGCUUAGUGGUGUAAAAGAAGCGGGUGUUUUGUUGCGUUUCAGUGGUUCUGUACAUCAAAAUAAGAUUCUACCCCUUCACUUCUCUUAUGUAAGGUGGGGGACAUAGAAGAAAGGAUUCCUGUAAGGUGAAUCUUCUUCCUCCCAACUCAUUUUUCCUUACCAAUGCAGGUGGUGAGAAGCACUAACCCUUGUAGUUUCCAACCGAGAAAACUUGUUUGCCUUGAUAUAUAUAACCAAAAUGCUGCUAAUUUUUUCUCCGUAUACUGGAUUACUCAGUUUAAUGGUGUUUUUUAAUGAUUAUGUUACCAAAAUGC